CCAAACUGACACCAAGUUGGAAGCUUUGCAAACUUUUCCAAGAUAAGAAAUUAGAACACUAAAGAUUUGAUUGAGGCUUUAGAAAAGUGUGGUGUCGAUAUACAGUAUACCUGUGAUGAUAACUGAAAUUGUCUAAUGCCCAUCCCAAUACAGAUACAUGCUAUACAAUCUUAUUAUCCAUCAAGUGCAUAUACUCUGUUAAAAUGAGUGUUGACUGUGAUGGUUUCCACUAACCAUUCAUUUAUCAAAUGUUGUGUCGCCGCUGUAGUUCUUCACUGAUGAGACAUUGUUUCCAGAAGUACAUUUGAUUAGCCUUAAUGAUUAAAGUGCUUUUACAUGCCAGUCUCCCAAACAGUAAAACCGCCUGUAUGCACGACAUAAUGCAGUUAUACAGAGAUGCAGGUUUAUUUAAUGGAAGCACAAAUGAUGAUAAAUUGAAUGCGAGGUUGGAGCUGUUCACAUUUUAUUUUGGUUGCUCAUGUCGUUGUUAAAACCUCUCUCACGGUCACAUCCAUAUAUUUGUUUUCGCAAAAAAAAAACAAAAAAAAACCACUAAGCAAAUGUAUGCUUUCACUAUAUUUCAAUAUUCCCAUCUAUAUGUUCAAAUAUCCCAUUUUGGGGGAGAACAUUGUGCUCUUCCUGAGUCACUUACAGGGUUGGCCAGAGACUCGAUCAUGUUUUUUUUUUUUUCCAGACAAAUAUUUAUAAAAGCACAUAACUCACAAUCUAUAUUAAGCACUUCCAUAAAGUCUCUUAUGUGACUGAUGGGAGCUUCAGUCAGCACCAACGCAAUAAAGUGCCACUUCCUUUCUUUCAACUCCCAGGUGAGGCAUUCUGCCCUUUCAUUUCAUCUUCACCCUAAUCCCCCUGUAGCUUUUUUUUUUCCCCAGUGAGUGGGAGUGCAAUUAUAAUUGCAGAUAGCCCGAUAACAUCGCUGCAUCUCUCCCACAGGCCAUCAAACAAAAUGAUACACAGUGGGAUUAUUGGGUUGCAGACCCAAAAGCCCUUUGCCCUUGCGUUGAGUUUCUCAGCGUGGCGUGAAUAAUUAUGAAUGCAGAGCCUCUUUUAGUGUCUGCACGAUUAAGACACUAAUGACGAAUGGCUUCUGGAAGUCAUAUCGGCAAUGAACUAUUUCUAUUGAUUGCUAACCUUUUCAAGAAUUUUAUCAGACUGCCCAGGGAUGCCGUGCACGAUGAUGUGUUAUCACCUAAUCACUCAUUAUGAGUCGCGGCAAUGCCAACUGGUGCGAGAUGAAGACUGUGGGACGUAUUGUGUCAGUCCCUCGCUGUUUGCUUGAUGGGCUCUUGGAAGAAAAAAAAGAGAGAUGAAAGCCUCUGGGAAUUAUGCCAGGUUGUCUUCACACGCGGACAUCCACAGUCAAGGGAUGUGUCCAACCUCCACCGACAACGGCUGCUUUUGGUUGGCAGGCGUUUAUUGGGGGUAAAACUAUACUUAUGCUGCAAUUAUUCAAAUUCAACUUGAGUCAGAGAACGGAAGUAUAUUUCCUCAUAUGGUGCCUUCACCGUGCCCCAAUUAAUCGCGGGCCCAUGAAAAAUUAAGCACCACACCUCAGACAGAUGCAUUGUUUUUCAAUCCAAGAAAUGAAGCUAACCAGAUGGGUUGGAUUUACCUUUAUUAAGACCGACACAAUCCUCUGUCGUAGUAGACGUCUUGUACAAAUCCUACUUAAGAAAUAAAUGCCGUACCCCUAAUAUGUGUCAGUCACUACAGUCGAGUAAUUAAACAGCUCCCCGGCCACUAUAUGAAGAAAUAUGGUACAAUUUAUUGUGUUUUUUGUUGUUGUUGUUGUUGUUGUUGCUAAGGUACAAUUGUAAUUAUCGCAUGAAUAGCAUUUGGGAUAAUGUUCUUAUUCAUUAAUACAACAGUUAUUCAUACUGGAUGUCCAUAAGACCAAAAAAACAAAACAUAACCAAGAGCACACAGUGUGCGGUUUUCCUGCAAGUGGCGGGAAUGUUCCUCCUCUGUAGCAGAUAGAUGUUUUCGCAAUAUUAGAUGCUAAAUAAAUAAUACAACCCCCAGCACGGCACAAUUUAGUAAUGCUGCUAAUAAACAAACCGAAUAGGCGUACAAAAUAACAAUACCAUAGGUUAGCCUUACCCUAACCCCCCAACCAACCCCCAAAUAAAACCUACCAAUCUUCCUUUUAAUAAAAAAGACACCUUUGAAAUGAAACCCUUCCUCUAAUUCUAGCUCAACCACUACAAAUGAGAUCUAAAUGCCAGAGCGAGGCAUAGACACUCUUUCUUCUCGGGAGCAAAAAUGUCAGCUCGCCUGUCAGGAAUAAGCUAGCCUCGGAAAAAAAGAAAGGUGAAUAUCAGCUUCAGGCGGGAGUGAGAAAAAACAAAGUUGCUUUUGCCUCUUUUGCUCGCAGAGCCAACGUGACAGCAAUGUUUGUUGGGUCAUAUUGCUUCCACUAAGUAAACGAGUUGAAGUAAAGUGGAGGGCUGGGGGGUUAGGGAGAUUUUUUGAAGUGCCUAAGCAGUCAUUCCCUGAGAGAGUUAGGCUUUUAUGCUGAGAUGCUGGUUGAGCUCGAGACCAGUAAUCACUACAACAUGGAUUUAUUGACGCUGCCAUGAGAAGGACAGGCACGAACAUUGAGUCAUUGGUACUAAAAACAUGCAUGUGUGUGUUCCCCUUAAAAAGGGAGCCAUUAUAGCCUCGCUUUUAUCAAAAGACCCAUGUGAAGCCUGUCAGGACAAUUAAAAAUACAUUAAGCCCUGUCUUUACUGCUGUGUAGCGGCACGACAGCGCAUAUGGUGUGAGGUUAGAUUGCAUUGUGUAUUAUUGAUCACUUAAGUUGGCUUCAGCCAUCCUGAAGGUUGUCAUUUACCAGGGACACGCCAUCUUUUUGGAGCCUUAAAUAGCGUCUGGGCGGGAUUUGAAAAUUUUAGUCACAUAGCUAUACUAAAUUUUUCACACGGCCGUUUUUUCUUUCGUCUUUGCUGUAUAAGUAUACAGGUAAGUUUGAAUUUAGAGUUGUGUUUCAGUGGUGUAGUGCCACGUUGUGGAGCAAAAUGCUGGGUAGACCUGAGCUCUGCUGGAAUUAGAUGCAGUGCGAUGAAGAGAAGAGGGAGAGAAGGUCCCUCUACUAAGUCCAGAGCGCAGAGAGAAAAUAGGAGUUCAAACGCGCAAGCCGACAAGCAUCAUUUGGACAAAAAUAGCUACUCGCCACUAGUCUACUAGCGAAGAAGACUGUCCAGCACAGCAUUGUUCGAUGUUGGAUUUCCUUCCCCAGCAAAACCAAAACAACUGCCGCUGUGUAAAACUAAAAGAUUUGAUUUCAGAAACAUUUUGCUGCAGGCAGCGCCAUCUCCUUUAAAGCCAAUCACGAGCCCAUACAUAUUUACACCAUCACAAACUCGUCACGCAGUAAAAGAGAAACCCGAUUAAAGUCUUGAUUCCUUUUUUCAGACGUCAGCUAUUUGAAGAUGAGCUACAACCCUGCGCUGCUCACUGAUAAACUGCUGAGAGACAGAUUCUCGCAUGCCAUUAACUGUAUUUUUGGGUGAUUCAUUGAGUGUUCAUUUUAUUUAGUCAACAACCUAUCUUUAGCUGCAUAUUCUGUGUCAUAUGUGUUAAACAGUGAGUUAGGUUGGUGAACGUGAACACUGGCAGAGGAGAGUGCAUUAUUGGUUCCAUGAUAACCGCCGCUGGGUGGUCGCCCGCGUGUCUUUCUGUAGGCUGAUGUUGGUCGCUUUGGUUUAUUGGUGCAGAAGGGCGUCAGUCAACAUCAGCACUAGGGGCUGUCCCUAAGGACGCAUAAGCGCUCCAAUAACUGCCCAGAUACACGAGACAAGGUCCCGAUUGUGGCUUCCACUUCAGCCUUUUAUAAAACGCCCACUUCCUUGUUUGCGCGGUCGUGCGGCGCUCUGAUGAUUUGUAUGAUGUUUUUGUCUCCCCUUGUAAAAAAGGAGACGUGCGGUCAAAGGUUGGUUUGUGAUGUAAUAUAGAAUCCAAUUAAAGAGAAGUACGGCAACAGAGAGCGGUUGCACUAAAAGCGUAAGAAGAAGGAGGGGUGAGGCAACAAAUAUACUCGGGACGAUGUUUAGUGAAGGAAAGGGGGAAUAAAUGAGUGAGGCUCCCUGCCUUGUCUCCUUCCUUCAGUUGAAGACGGCUGUGAGCUCGGUCGUGGCACGCCGCAGCAGCAACAGCAAGCUCACCUCCCUCCACACGCACCCUGCAGACUUGAGAGAGAUCCAUCCCAUCUCUGCAGCAGCCAUAGCGUCCGGUGAUGACGCCGCCUUUCUGACGCCAGGCAGGAUGAGCCAGCGCCAGGUGAAGGAACGGGACAAGGAGAAGGACAAGGAGGCAGGCCUCCAAACACCCAGCCGGGAACAGAUCGCCUCUCCCUCCUCGCUCAGCUCGGGCGUCAGCUACAGCCACGGAGCGCAGGGAGUCCCCCUUUCGCCCUCUGCCCUCGGGGUUUCGUCACCAACCUCUCCCUUACCUUCACGCCCCACCCGUCCAUCCCUCCCUCCCUCCACACCCUCGCCGAGGGAUCGCCCGCCGGCCCCCAUGAUGAAGGAGGAGGGCCUGCUGGGGCGUCGCCGUUUCUCCACGUGCGGCGGCACGGCCUCGCUGCGACCACCGCACCCGGACGGACGCAAACUCAUCCGCAAUGCCUCUUUCGGGGGCUAUAACGAGCUGUCGCCCAUUUCACUGUCAGGUUUCGAGAGAGGGAAGGAGGAUGUUUUGUCGCUGCCUUUGAAAGAGGAUUCGCUUUCCAUAUCCAAGAGCAAGUCGGAAACCAAGCUGUACAAUGGCUCCGACAAGGACGUGUCCGCGUCUGGAGGCAAGCUCACCAAGAAGGAGUCCCUCAAGGUCCAAAAGAAGAACUACAGGGAAGAGAAGAAGAGGGCGACAAAAGAGCUGCUCAGUACCAUCACUGACCCUUCUGUCAUUGUCAUGGCCGACUGGCUGAAGAUCCGCGGAACCCUGAAGAGCUGGACCAAGCUGUGGUGCGUGCUGAAACCGGGCGUCCUGCUCAUUUACAAGACCCACAAGAACGGCCAGUGGGUGGGCACGGUGCUGCUCAACGCCUGCGAGCUGAUCGAGAGACCCUCCAAGAAGGACGGCUUCUGCUUCAAGCUCUUCCACCCCCUCGAGCAGUCCAUCUGGGCCGUCAAGGGCCCCAAAGGGGAAGCGGUGGGCUCCAUCACUCAGCCGUUACCCAGCAGCCACCUCAUCUUCCGUGCGGCGUCCGAGUCUGAUGGUCGUUGCUGGAUGGAUGCCUUGGAGCUGGCCUUGAAGUGCUCCAGCUUGCUAAAAAGAACCAUGAUCCGCGAGGGCAAAGAAGACAUGAGCACGGUGGCCUCUGGCGGAGAACAUUCCCUCAACUUUUACAGCCUCCUGCGUGCCCACAACAUGCACGGAUUCCAGUUCAACGAUAGCGACCAUUUGAAAGACCCGGACCUCUACUCCGAUAAGUCCGACCGGGAGGGCGAGCCGGACCACGAGGAGUCGGACCCGGAAGGUCUGGAGAAGAGCGAGGAGAGCGACAGCGACACGUCGGAGCGCCAGGACGACUCGUACGUGGAUAUGGACCCCAACGAGCACGUGCGGGAAACGUCCUACCUCGAGCAGUCCCACGAGGAACUGGGCGAGGCAGGCGAGGCUGCCCAGACCGAAACGGUGUCAGAGGAGAACAAAUCCCUGAUCUGGACUCUCCUGAAGCAAGUGCGACCGGGUAUGGAUCUGUCCAAAGUGGUCCUUCCCACGUUUAUCCUGGAGCCGAGGUCCUUCCUGGAUAAACUUUCCGACUAUUACUACCAUGCGGACUUUCUUUCUGAGGCUGCGGUGGAGGAGAAUGCUUACAACCGGAUGAAGAAAGUUGUCAAGUGGUACAUCUCUGGGUUCUACAAAAAGCCAAAGGGCCUGAAGAAGCCUUACAACCCCAUUAUCGGCGAGACCUACCGCUGUAUGUGGCUCCACCAAGAGACCACCAGCAAGACCUUCUACAUUGCUGAACAGGUAUCCCAUCAUCCCCCUGUGUCAGCAUUUUACGUCAGCAACAGGAAAGAUGGAUUCUGCCUCAGCGGCAGCAUCCUUGCCAAGUCCAAGUUCUACGGAAACUCCUUGUCGGCCAUAUUAGACGGCGAAGCUCGACUUACUUUCCUAAACCGGGGAGAGGACUAUGUGAUGAACAUGCCCUACGCUCACUGUAAAGGCAUUCUGUAUGGCACCAUGACUCUGGAGCUGGGUGGUCAGAUCACCAUUGCGUGUGAGAAGACAGGCUACAGUUCUCAGCUGGAGUUCAAACUUAAGCCGUUCCUGGGAAGCAGCGACAGUGUCAACCAGAUCUCCGGAAAGAUCAAGCUGGGGAAGGAAGUUCUGGCAACUCUCGAGGGACACUGGGACAGCGAGAUCUUCAUCAACGACAAAAAGACGGGAACAGUGGACACUUUCUGGAAUCCGACACCGGACCUGAGGCAGAGCCGACUCACCCGCUGUACCGUCCCACCCGAGGAGCAGGGGGAGUUUGAAUCAGAAAGACUGUGGCAGCACGUGACGAGGGCAAUCAACAACAAGGACCAGACGGAGGCCACCAACGAGAAGUUCAUCCUCGAGGAAAGCCAGAGGAAGUCGGCGCGGGAGAGGAAAGCCAAGUGCGAGGAGUGGAACCCCACUCUGUUCGAGCAGGAUCCCAUCACUGGAGAGUGGCAUUAUAAAUAUGCUGACACAAGGCCGUGGGACCCCCUCAAUGACCUGAUCCAGUUCGAAAAAGACGGUUGUAUCCAGACCAAGGUCCGACACCGCACCCCUAUGGUACGUUCUGGCAGUCUUAUUAGUCUGAGUAACCAGGGGUCGCGGAGGGACAAUUGCAAGUGCCAGGUCACGGUGCCAAAGAGGAAACACAAGAGCGACAAGCCUAAAAGCCCAGAGAGCGGCUGCUCUUCGCCCGAACUCGACCGCCAGGACUCCUCUGGAAGUGAACGACACAAGAGCAAACACAACAGCCGUCUGCGCAAGAAGGGCACAGACCUCAGUGAACUUCAAAGUGCCAUUGAAUCCAUAAAGCAGGCGCAGCAGGACAUCAACAGGAGCAUCUGUGCGUUGCGGAGUCGCACGGCAGGCCGGGCGGAGGGCACCUCCUUUCUGCAGCAGCGCGACUACGUCAUCAUUGUGGCCCUCAUCGUCCUGCAGGUGGUCAUCAACUAUGUCUUCAAGUAGCAGCCAUAGCGGACAGACUUAUCACAUACGCACUCCAGUGUCGGUAACUUCUUUUUCCCCCUUCUCGGCAUCAUCCUCAAUUGUAUUUCUCGCUUCUACAAAAGAAGCUAGUCCGUCCAAAAUCAGAAGACUUGAAAUGUAUUUUAUUCCAAAGUUCACGUAUUUGUAGCUUAGAAGCUGAUUCGCCCAAAACCACGAGAUCCAUUCCGAAAUGUUAUAAAGCUCCACGGAUUUCAAAGAGACUCUUGUAGACAAAGAGCACAGCCAUUUUAUUUUUCAUGGGAAUGUAACUGCUGUUAAUACACAUGUAUUCACCCUCUGAAAGACAGGGGACUUGUUUAACUUAAGAGCCAUGACUACUCUCCUCAUGAAAGGACCCUUCAUGCUGAUAUCUUUUUUUUUUUGUGUUGUUGGUUUUCAUGUUGCGUCCAAAGUGGUCCAAUGUCUUAAUACUUUUUUUUUGGUUUUGUUUUUGUUUGGAACUUGAUUUGACUCUCAAAGUGCAUAGUUGAAGAAAAAAAAUGUCAUAGGUAACAUGUACAGCUAGAAAAUUGUGUUAAGCACACAUUGCAACUUUGUACAGUAUUUUGUCUUCUGCACAAGCGCACUGGAAACGUCCAAUGUUUUUCAACAUUCACUCUCGAGAACUUGAUAUUUAUUACUCUUAAAACUACAGUGAUCACUGCCCAACCUUUUCUUUUCUGACUGAAUCUACCAGGACAUUUUGAAGUGUUCUUAAUAUUAAGAUGUGGGUAAAAUGGCGUUAAUUAAGUGCGGCUAAAAAUUCUGGGACUCCAUCUAAACAACUGCCUUCCUGGAUUUAAUAGCGAGUUAAAGUCAGAAAAAUAUUGAAUGAAACAUUCCUUAUUUAUAUACAUUUUACAUACAAGACCCUUCUUACAAUACGAGUGAGGUGUUGCUUGUUUAUUUUAUCAUAGCCUAGCUCAGCUCAUCUUAGUUUACAUUAAAUACCAGGGAAGAUGAGAAAAGCUAUUACUUCUUAUUUUCAACUAUAGAAAAACAUAAAGUAAUCAAUUUGUACUUUUAUGUGAGAAGUUAGCAACACUUGAAUUCAGAGUUAUAUGGCUAAUAAUUGCCUUCCUAGGCUCAAUAGCAAGUCAAAGCGUUUUAUUUUUUAAAUUGUAUAAAUUGGUGUAAAUUUUACUGAUGAUUUUAUAUCUGUAAUGUCAGCGUGCGCAACAUUAAUCUGUCAUCUUAAUUUGGUUUUGCUUCGCUCAGCCGAGCUUCUUUUAUUAUAGCUUAGCUAGAUUUAGCUAAACUUAGGUCCUCUUAGUUUGAAGAGUAAAGUUACAAUUUAUCGGGUAAAAUGUUGCUUUCUCUCUUAAGAUUUACAAAAUGAUACCAUUCUUAAAUCUGUAAUGUCAGUAUAUCUGUUUAAUUUAUCUUAGAUUCACUUCUUUUAGCGUGUAUUAGUAAAGCUUAGCCUAAAAUGUAUAUUUUUCUGCUAAAUUUACCCUCUGAUACUAACUUAGCCUAAAAUGUUACUUUUUCUGCUAAAUUUACCCACUGAUACUAAUUUAGUAUGUGAACGUAGCUUAGCCUAGCUUUGGUUCUUUUAGCUUAACUUUGCUUGAGCUAACUCAGUUGCCUUUAGCUCCACCUAGCUCCUCAUAAUGCCUUUUCACACUGCAUUUGCGUUUUCUUGGUGUUCGCCACGGAGCAGUGCGCAAGGACGACGGCGCCGCGGUGCAAGCUUGCCAGCUCGCCAACCAGGAAGUAACAGGGAGGAUUUUCCCGCUGUUUGGUCUAUUGCUGUUAGCACUCUGAAAUCACUCCGCCAGCCCCUCUCCUAUUGAAUGCGCCUUCGUGCUUCGCAUAGCAGCAAACAAACCCACCUUGGGUGACGCGACGCUACACGCCAUUCUAGCAUCGCAACCCUUGCAGCACAUACACAACGAAUGGGUGUGUUGACGGCACGCUGCGCUUUGCUCAGUGCAGUGUGAAAGUAGUUAAAAUUUUGGGGGGUAAAAUUGUCAUUUUUCUGUAAACUUUACAAAAUGAUCACAAUGAUGAGUCAUACUGACAUUAUCUGAAUUUAGCAUCGCUCUUCAAGACUGGGAAAGAUGGAGGCCAGCUAGCAGAAUAUUUAGCUUCUGACUUUUUAUUGACCUUAUUAAUUAUUCCACAGAAACAAAUCUUAAAUCUAAUUUAAAAAGUACAAACUUCUGAGGUAGGGCAUAUUGUUUUUUCUUUAUCGCUUCCAGUGCUAUUGUGCCACAGUGAACUCUAGAAUAGACUUUCAUUAGUAGCGAGAGAUGAAAUCUUUUUACCAGUUAGUAGAAUGACCUUAAAGAGAAAAUCAUUCCAAGCUUCCGUAAGUAGGAGCCAGUUGCAGUGUGUAGACGAUUAGUUUAGUGUCCUCUCUUCGCUAUGUAUAUAACAGGAUUUCCUUUUAACAAAAAUAUAUUUUGUACGCAUCGCAGUGUGUGCAAAGGGUGUCAAAAUAUCGUAUACGAGGCUGGGUUUACGCUAUUCGUCAUGGCAACAUGAAAAGAUGAAAAAAGCAUACACCAUCAAAUGAAAAUAUAUUGAAAAUUAUGUUUCUUUAUGUGGUGCCUAAAGAUAUGAGUGAGUUGCACACACCAAGGAGCUGCAAUGAAUUAAUCAUGAUCCACAUACUGUUUGAUACUUUACAUUAUAUUAUGUUAUUAUGAAGAACAAUUUUAUAGUGUGCUAUUUUCUUUUUUAAAAAACAUUACAAUUUUUUUUUCUUUGGGGGGAGGAUAGUGUCAUAUCAGUCCCAUUCAUUUCAGUAGGGAAAGAUUAUUUGAUUACGAGCGUGGUCACAGAACAAUUUAAACUCAUAUCGCAAGGCACCACUGUAUACUGAAAUACACAGGUUAAUUAUGUACCUUCUACCAUCUGGUGAAAAAGCAUUUCCAUGUUCUGCCUGUCACUGUAUGUCGCUAGCAUAGAUAGAGGAACAAAGAUACAUAGGCAAACCGUAUGCACUCAUUGUAUACUCAUUGAAUCGGAAUUGGGUGCACUUGGACCUGCAAGGGUAAAUUCAGCCUUAGUUAAUCCCGGUUCCAAUCUGUAAUGUACCACAGGAGGACCGAAUAGUUUUGUCAUGACGAAGUAAGAGCCUUGUCCACGUUUACAUAUCCCGUUGCCUCCGCCGUCAGCAGACUGUUAAGCGACGAUGACAAAAAAAAAAGACUGGUAGCAUCGUUGGGAAGGGGAGUUAACCCGGCUGGCCCGUGUGUGUACCCGUACGUCUUCUUAUCGUGCAUCCUCAUUGCCUCGCUCAUCUUAAAGCUAUCCAGAUGUCCGAAUGUGGAGAAAUACCAGUGCCUUUUUUUUUUAAAGGAUAAAGAUGGAACGGGGUUGUUGUUGGAACAGAGGAGGUCGUACGGGGGAGUUGUUGUAGUGUUGCAGAGCGGACGUGCCAUACAAAGCCUUAGUAACGAACUGACUCUGCAGAACACCUUGCCCCGGAAGGGGUCGUCAUAGUAACGCACUCACAGGUGUCGAGGCACUGAUUCCUGAGUGAUGCCACUCCUCAUCACUGUCUCUCGUAGCAUUUUAUUUAUUAUGUUAAUGUUUUCCUGCUUAGACCGCUGUUACUUUUUGUUAUUUUCAAUGAUUUUAUUCCAUGUCCUCAUCACUGUACUCACAGUCGCUCCGUCAAGGAAUCCCACUCCACCCACACCCCCGCAACACUGUGUACCUUAAUGUGUGUAUUGACUAUAUCCUCAAGGCACUGAUAAUACCAUCCUGGACGUUUAUGGUCACAUGUAAUAUACCACAGAAUAAUAAUAAAUCAUAAAUUAUAAUAAUGACA